ACUUUUAAGUCCUUUACAUCACUUCAUCUCAGCUUGAGAUUAACCAAAAGAGACAAAAAUAGUUUCCCAACUUCUCUCUCUUUCUCCUUUCCUUUUAAAAAAAAUGUUUUUAGCCUCAUCCUCAGUUUCCCCAAACAACCCCUUUAAGUUUCUUUGCCCCGGCCCCUUUUAUACCAAAAAAAAAAAGAAAGAAAAAAAAAGAGAAAUCCACUCUAACACAACUAAAAAUUCAUUUUGUCUGACCUAAAUCAGAGGGUGUCUGCGCCAUGGGCUUAUUACACAGUGCGCUUAAACUUGUGUUGUGGAGGAGGAUGGGGUAUUAUUAUCUUCCAGCUACCCACCCUGCUAUAAAAACUAGUGGUGCGACAUCUCCUCAGCGCCGCGCUGCUGCCCUCCCUCCCUUCCUCUCACUCUCUCGCUCGUCCUAUAUGAGCCACACACACAAACAGUGAGGCUGACUCUCAACUCCACACACCAGCCACUCCGCUACACGGACAGACCCGGGGAACCACACUCCUCUGCUCCUCUGCUUCAGCUUCUCUCCAUUGGAUAUUCCUAUUAUAUAUAUAUAUUUUUUUUUUUUUUAAUGUAUUUUUGUGAAUGGGCAUCCGUGGCCGUUGUGGGGAGUUGGUGAAUGGACUGGCCGCCCGGCACCGGCUGAUUGACAGGCAAGGGAGGCAGCGGUGAUCCAAUUUUCUUCUUAUUCUUUUUUUUUUUUUUUUUUUUUAAAGAGAAAGGGCGAUGCUGAGAGGUCAAGCGAGGAGCAACGGAGCCUCUCAGUAGUCUGGAAAUACAAAGACACGUGACGGGAAUUUCGAGAGGCUGAAAGGCAAGACCACAACACAGAGGAGAAUGGUUCACCACAGAGAGGAGGAUCUGAUCGGGAUCCCCUUCCCAAAUCACAGCAGCGACGUCCUGUGCAGCCUCAACGAGCAGCGCCGCGACGGCCUGCUGUGCGACGUCGUCCUCAUCGUCCGCGACCACGAGUACCGCACCCACCGCUCCGUCCUGGCCGCCUGCAGCCAGUACUUCAAGAAGCUCUUCACGGUGGCCACGGCCGCCGGCGGGGACCACCAUCCCGCGGUGGCCGUGUACGAGAUCGACUUCGUGGCGCCGGAGCCCCUCACGGCCAUCCUGGAGUUCGCCUACACGUCGACGCUGACCGUGACGGCGUCCAACGUCAAGGAGAUCCUGAAGGCGGCCCAGAUGCUGGAGAUCCCCUGCGUCAUCAACGUUUGCCUGGAGAUCAUGGACAGCGGGGGUGGCGGGAGAGCGGAGGACGGAGAGGAGGAGGAGGAGGGGGAGGAGGAGGAGGACGAAGAGGAGGAGGAGGAGGAGGAGGAAGAAGAGGAGGACGAAGAGGAGGACGAGGGGUCGAGGAGGGACGAGCGGGGGGACGACGUCAGCGAGAGGUCGCCGUCGGAGAGCCGGGGCCAGAGGAGGCCCCCCGGGACGGAGGAGUCGCCGCCUCCCAGCACCUCCAAGUACCACCAGCAGCUGGACCGGCACAGAGGGUCGUCCCACUGGUCUCCGGACUCCCUGAGAGGGAAACAGGAGAGCAUGGAGAGCCGGGCUCUGAAGGACUUCUCCAUCGAGUCCCUCCUCCAGGACGGCCUCUACCCCCGCGCGUCGACGCUGGACCGGAGGGCCGACCUCUCGCCCCUCCUGCCGGGCUUCUACCCCUCCAUGUGGGCCGCCGAGUUCCCGACCUUCCCCAAGCAGUUCCUGAAUCCCGGCCACCACCAGCAUCCCCAGGCGGGGGCCCCGCAGCAGGCCGGGCUCCCCCCCCACCACCACCACCACCACCAACACCACCACCACGCCUUCGCCGCCUCGGCCCCGCUGGACGCCGCCAGGCCCCUGGAUCUGGCCGCGAAAAGGGGGAUGAUUAAGGAGGAGGCGAAGGACGACAUCCCCCUGAGCCUGCUCAGCGGCGACUUCCUGAAGGAGUUGGUCAGCUCGGGCCUCGGCGGCGCCGUGGGCGCGGGGGGCCCCGGGCCGCCGGAGGGUCACGCCCUGGGUCCGAUAAAGGACGAGGCCGACUUCCGGUCGUACCUCAGCUUCCUGAGCUCGGCGUCCCACCUGGGGGCGCUGUUCCCCCCCUGGCAGAUGGAGGAGGAGCGGAAGAUGAAGCCCAAGGCGUCGCAGCAGUGUCCGAUCUGCAACAAGGUGAUCCAGGGAGCCGGCAAGCUGCCGCGACACAUGAGGACCCACACGGGCGAGAAGCCGUACAUGUGCACCAUCUGUGAGGUUCGAUUCACCAGACAGGACAAACUCAAGAUCCACAUGAGGAAGCACACCGGCGAGCGGCCCUACAUCUGCCUCCACUGCAACUCCAAGUUCGUGCACAACUACGACCUCAAGAACCACCUGCGCAUCCACACGGGCGUGCGGCCCUACCAGUGCGAGCACUGCUACAAGAGCUUCACGCGGUCCGACCACCUGCACCGGCACAUCAAGAGGCAGAGCUGCCGCAUCUCCCGCCCGCGCCGGGGCAGGAAGCCAGCGGCCUGGCGGUCGGCGGCGGGCGCCGGCAGCUUCCUGUGCCCGCCCGCCGCCGUCGCCGCCAACCGGUUCGCGGAGAACGGGUUGAGCCCGGCGUACCAGGGGGUCAAGGGUCACGGACUCGGGGAGAUGCUCGGCGACAGGGGCCCGGGUUUCAAGGGCGGCGAGCGGCGGGAGGAGGCGGCGGGGGGGGGGAAGGCCGCGGCGGGGAGGCAGAGGGGAGUGUUCGCCUUCGCCCUGGCGGGAGAGGAAGUGCUCGCCCGCUCUCCGUUUUACGCCGCGACCUCCGACCCCUGGACCGUGCGGCUGGAGCGCGCUCCGCCCAUCCCCGAGGCGGCCAAAUGAGGAGAGAAAGGAGACGAGGAGAGAAAGGAGACGAGGGAAGGAAGCGCCUCAGGGUCGCUGUCUGUUCUGCUCCGGGACGCUAAAGCACCUUUUUUUUCUCAAAAAGUGAAAGUGAGACGGAUGAACCUUUUGAAGCCUGCUGAGUCACAGUACAAAACAAAACAAAAAACAGACUUGCUGUUUGUUUCCUCUUGAGGAUCAGACGCAGUCUGAUUUAACCAGUUGAAAGAUGUCAAGUCAGAUUUAUUGUUUACAGAUAUUUUGAUCGCAUUUUAAGAGGAGGCAAAACAGUUUGACACGGCUAAUGAGGAAAACGUAUCGCGAUGCUGUUAUAUUAUAUAUAUUUGCGUUAUUUAUGUUUCCAGCCAACUCGGUCCUACGACGUCCUCUGAAGCCAGAUGUGAUCCGGCCUUUUGUACUGAAAAGUAUUCGUAUGCAGUAAAAUACAAGAAUCAGAGCAGGACAAAGUGCACUUCUUAGUGUCCUGUGUGAUGAAUGUGAAAUAAAAGAUAAAAUUGGUCGAGCGCGCGUCGUUAAAAGAAGGUCGAUUGCGGUCCAAUUUCAAAAGGGAAGUGAAGUUAACAUAAACGAAUAGAAUGCAAUUUCAAAUAUAUGAAUAAGCCUUCAUCCAAUCAAAUCACAGCGAGUUUUAUUUGAAUAUUGUGUUUUAAGUUUGGAAAAAACAGACCAAGAAAAAAAAAAACAUCAAAAUGUUUCACUUGAGCAGGGCUUCGUCUGGCACAUGCCCUGCAGGUAUGUUUGAUCCUGACAUUGAUAUUUAAUGAUAUUCCAAAACAAAGGGAACCCACUUGAAGUGUACAAAAUCAGGACAUUUGAUAACGUGUAAUUAGCCUUUCACUGCCUUGUUCUGAUUUAAACUCCUCGCCUGCACUAUUGUACAUAAGGACACAAACUCUUUGGCCAUGGUGUUAAUUACAGUCAGCGUUGCUGAUGUAAAAUAAUAUAUGUAUGUAUAUAUAUAUAUAUAUAUAUAUAUAUAUAUAUAUAUAUAUAUAUAUAUAUAUAUAUAUAUUGAUCUCAAAAGGCAUCCACCCAAAGAUGUGUACUUUGAUAUUUCACAGACUUGAAUACGACUUUGUUUUGAUGUUUAUGAAUAUGUGUGUUUCUGACCAAUCAACCGUCGCUUUAGCUGAACAGUGUGCUUGUGUUUUCUCUGCUGCAACAAAUCAACGGGGUGAAGUUAAGCCCUAGUUGUUUUUCAUAUAACGUUCAUCUCUGAUUUGUGUAUAAAGAAGUUAAGAAUGAUUUGAAUUGAAAUGGGAAAGUAUUUUCUUGCUAUUUAUGCAUAUUUAAAUGAAUGAGCCUUGGCUAUAUUUUGCAAAUCUGUUUUAUAAAGACACUAAAUGUUGAA